CGCUCAGCUGACUCGAGAGGAGGAGUCGUCGCGUACAAGGAAUCAAGGGGAAAACAGCAAUGGCGGCGGAGAUCCAUUCCAGGCCCCAGAGCUCCAGACCCGUUCUGCUGAACAAGAUCGAGGGCCACAGCGACAGCGUGAACGCGGCGGUGCUGAUCCCGAAGGAGGAUGGAGUCAUCACGGUCAGCGAGGACAGGACGAUUCGAGUUUGGCUGAAGCGGGACAGUGGACAGUACUGGCCCAGUAUCUAUCACACUGUGUCCUCUCCGUGCUCCUGUAUGUCAUAUCAUCAUGAGAGCAGGCGGAUCUUCAUAGGCCAGGACAAUGGGGCUGUUGUGGAGUUCCUCAUCUCAGAAGACUUCAACAAAAUGAACCACGUCAAAACAUACCCAGCUCAUCAGAACCGUGUGUCGGACCUCAUCUUCUCUCUGGAGAGUCAGUGGCUGAUCAGCACAGGUCAUGAUAAAAGCGUCAGCUGGAUGAGCACUCAGAGCGGCUCUAUGCUGGGACGACACAGCUUCGGCUCAUGGGCUUCCUGUUUACAAUAUGAUAACGAUACCCAGCAUGCCUUUGUGGGAGAUUAUUCAGGACAGAUCACUCUGCUGAAACUGGACGAGCAGACGUGUUCUGUCAUAACUACACUGAAGGGACAUGCAGGUAGUGUUAGUGCAUUAUAUUGGGAUCCGGUUCGGAGGUGGCUGUUUUCCGGAGCGUCUGACCACAGUGUGAUCAUGUGGGACAUUGGUGGCAGACAGGGACGCUCAUUACUACUGCAGGGACACAAUGAGAAGGUCCAGGCGCUGUGGUAUCUGCCGCUGACCCAUCAGCUGCUGUCCUGCUCUGCUGAUGGAGGAAUAACAGUGUGGAACAUGGAGGCCAAACGAGAAGAGGCUCCUCAGUGGCUGGACAGUGAUUCCUGUCAGAAAUGCGGACAGCCGUUUUUUUGGAAUAUAAAGCAGAUGUGGGACAGCAAGACCCUUGGGCUCCGACAGCAUCACUGCAGGAAGUGCGGGAAGGCGAUUUGUGGGAAGUGUAGUUCUAAGCGCUCCACGUACCCCGUCAUGGGCUUUGAGUUCCAGGUGCGCAUGUGUGACGACUGCUACGACACAAUCAAAGAGGAAGAUCGGACUCCUCUGGCUGCGUUUCAUGAAGGGAAACACAACAUCGCUCAUAUGGACAUGGAUCCGAGCCGAGGGCUGAUGGUCACGUGUGGCAGUGAUCGAGUUGUUAAGAUCUGGGACAUGACGCAGGUGGUGGGCAGCAGUGUAGCGGCGGGAUUCUCUCCUCGCUGAUUGGCUGUUUCUGAAAGCACCGCCCACACUCCGCCAAAAGAUGUCUUAGAAAACGCUCACCUACCUGUCUAACUCUCUCUCUCUCUCUCUCUCUCUCUCUCUCUCUCUCUCUCUCUCUCUCUCUCGAGUCUGCGCUGAACAGACACUUCAACAGUGUGUGUGAAUAUGUGUGUGUCAUUGGAAUGCUCCUUGAUUUCAUGAAUCAGCCGUUCAUGUCUCUUCUGAGAUAUGAUCACCUGGAUUUGAGCAAACAUGAAAUCAAGGUACUUCUGAUAGCACAAAAUUUGCACCCUUUUGUGCGUGUAUGGCUUUGUAUUCCUUCAUCCAACAUCCAGUUUCAUCCUCAGCCAUCUUUCUUGUUUAUCCUUCUUACGCUUUUUGAAUUUGAAUGCUACUACUGGUCAUAGUAACCAGCACUUGUGUUACCAUGGAAAUUAGUGUUCCAUAGUAACAAUGGAACAUUCCUGUACUUGUCGUUUUCCCGCUAAAAUGUAAUGCAGGCGGAUGAGGAACAUUACAUGUAGCAUAAAAUCCAUGGAGCAUUUUAUGAUUAAAAGUGUUAAGUUAGUUCAGUAGUGUUCAGCUGUAAAACACUAUUUAUAGCACUAAUUUAGGGACAAGUUAAAAUAUGGCCUUGCGAUUAAAUAUUUGUAAAAAAACUAAUUGCAGUUUUUUUUUUGUUUUGUCACUAUUCAUUUUUUCGUUGCAAUUGCAGAACUCAUAAUUUAACUUUUACAUAUUGCAAUAAUGACUUUUUUUCCCCAGAACUUUUAUUUUGCUUUAAUUCUGACUUUUUUUUCUAACUCAUUUUGAGUUUGCAUCUCACAAAUCCGUUUUUUGGGAUUAAAAAAAAAAAUGGUAAUUGCGAUAUUUUCUCACAAUUGUGCCUUUUUCCUCAGAAUUGCAAGAAGAAAGCCAGAGUUGUGUUAUAGACUAACAAUUUUGUGGGGAAAAAGUCAGAAUUGAGGGAUUAAAAAUUCGCAGUUAGCUUUUUUUAAUCCUAUGCUUGAAACAAACUUUUAUAUUAAAGUGAUGCUUAUCACAAAAAUUGUCUGCAUUUAAAACAUUUACUCAUAUCUUUCCAAAACUUGGAUCACUUUCUUUCUUCUGUGGAACAGAAAAUGAAAUAUUUAGCAGAAUGUUGAUGCUGCUCUUUCCAUUCACUGGAAGAGGACUGGGGUUCCAACAAACCAUCAUACAAUUAGUCCAAACAGCUUUUCACUAAAACCAAAAAUGUCAAAAACAAACAAUAAAAGUAGUCCUAUGCGUGAUAUUCACCGUGCUAUAUUUAACAUCUUAAUCUUUUGAUUAGCAUGCUUGCAUAAUUUAACUCACCAGUUUGCAGUUGGUUAUGUGACAAACAGUGAUAUUUUUUCUGAUGUCAAAGCUUAGUUAGGGUAGUGCCAUAUUUAAUUUGUAUUUUUGACACUGAAGUACAUUGCGUUUAAUGGAUUGUACCGUUGUCUAAAACAUACCAAUUGUUCAGCGAAAGAAAUGUCUUUCUGAGAAAAAAAGACACGUUCUAAAGAGAAAAUUCCAUAAAAGUUGUGAAAAUUACAGAGAGUCUAUCCCUUAAAGCCAUGUUUAUUUCAAUAUGGCGCCUAACCUAACUAAGGUCAUUAUAUGCAAAUGAGAUUUGAGAGAUGCAAGGGCGGCAGUUUUAAAAUUUCACUCUGUUCCUGACACAAAGCUAUGAUAUGGUUUAAGAUGACUUUAAAAUAUUAACUUUAGUGUGUUCAACGGGUUUGGAACAACUUGAGUAAAUGGUGACAGAAUUGUCGUUUUGGAUGCACUGUUUCUUUAAAUAGUUAGAUUUCACAAUUCCUUCAGUUUUUGGGCGUAAGGCAGAAGCUGGAUGUUUUAAACUUACGCACAGCUCACAGUUAAAGUCACAUUGGCCAAUGAGAAGACAGAAUUCCAAGCUGUUUAUCCUUUACUUUAGUUCUUUCUUUUCAUCUUGACUCUCUCUCCUCAGAUUUUCUCUCUCUUUUUCACUCGGCUGUCACAUUCCUCUCAGUCGUUCUCUCUCGUUCUCUGUUCCUUGCACUGAAUUGCUCAGUCUGUGUGUGUUCAUGAUCUGACGGUACGAAUGGCAUCUGUGUUAGUGUUUGCAUUACUUUCACUGUUAAAUGCCUGAUUCGUGCCUGCGUAAAGCGCUUGCUCGUUUCGAUAUACGUCUAAUUCCAAGAUUUGUAAAUCAUUUAAUUCUCCUUUAUAAUAUUUUCCCUGCUGAAAAACCUGUUAGGUAUGUUCUGAAGCAUGGCAGCAGGUUUAAGCUGGACUCUUGGCUUAGGACUAACUUAAACCAGCUUAAACCAGCAGCCAUGCUUCAAAACAUACCUAACCAGCAUAUUCAGAUUGUUUUUUUUUCAGCAGGAUUGUAGCUGAUUUUUCUGAUUCAAUGUAACAGUUAAACAGGGUGAGCUUUGUAAUGCAGUGAAACCAGCGUUUGUAUGACAUCAUCUUCAUGUCAUUUCAUUGGAAAGAUAAUAAUUUUUCCUCCAUUUACCAUAAAAACGACAAGGGUGAAUUUCGCGAAAUCUGUCAAGAAUGUGUCGUGAGAUUCAUCCUGGAAAGAUUAAAAGUCAUUUUUGUUUCGAGGUUUUGCUCUUAUGUUGACGCUUCAGGGAGUCGCGGUUCAUUUUAACCACCAUGUGAAAUCACACACACUGUUUUCUUGCUCUUCAGACGUUUGAACACAUUGUACGGUUCAACACGCUUCUAAUGAUCGAACCCUAAAACUGUUAAUAACUCUAAAUGACUUUGAGAUCUGUUUUUCUAUGUGCUUUUUCUAAAUCUUACUUUACCUCAGUAGUUCCGUAAUGAAGCAUUAUUCUCUCUCUAUAUAUUCAAAGUUGAGCUCAAACAUCUGUAUUUUUCAUACAAGAAUCUUCUGCCACUAAUAUGAAAACUGACGCAAGUCUUAAAGCUGACUGGUAGUUUCAGCCCAGAGAUUGAGUGAAAUAUUACAAUAAAGAUCUAUGCUGUAUGAUA